UGGAAGAAUUCCAAUCGAUAUCAUUGUCUGCGGAACAAUGCAACAGGCGUUCAUAUUUUUACUGGGAACUCUUGCGAUAGUCCCAUCGGACUGUCAGCAGAGGAUUGUGGGUGGUUCCCUCGCAACAGUCACCUCGUACCCAUUCGUGACGGCUCUGCUGCACGCCUCAAAUUCGGUGAACUACAUUCAGGCAUGCGCUGGCUCUAUCCUGACAAACAGAGCGAUUCUGACAGCUGCACAUUGCGUAGCCGGCGAAUUGCCAAGCAGAUGGCGGAUGCGUGUCGGCUCCAGCUUCGCUAACAGCGGCGGUGCCAUUCAUAAUGUUAAUCAAGUCAUCAUCCAUCAAAACUACGACGCUCGCACUUACGACAGCGACAUCGCUAUUCUGAAACCCGCUUCCACAAUAGCCUUCAAUAGUAACGUACGAGCUGGCAGUAUCGCGGGAGCCAACUACAAUCUGCAGGACAACCAAGCAGUUUGGGCGAUUGGCUGGGGCUCAACUUAUUUCGGCGGCGGUCCAUCGGAGCAGCUGCGUCACGUUCAAAUGUGGACGGUUAACCAGGGGAUCUGUCAAUCGCGGUACGCGGCGCUGUCGUACUCGAUCACGGACAACAUGGUGUGCUCGGGCUGGCUGGACGUGGGCGGCCGCGACCAGUGCCGGGACGACGCCGGUGGUCCACUCCUCCACAAUAAUGUCAUCGUCGGCGUCUGCUCAUGGGGACACGAGUGCGGGCUGGCGAGAUACCCGGGCGUGAAUACCAGAGUCUCCAAGUUCACGACGUGGAUCCAGGCUAACGUGUAAACGAACAACUGAUGAUAAUAAAUUGGUUAACUGUUGCCCGCAA